AUGCGACUCGCUACCGAGUCUCUCCCAGAAGAAGAACGCGGUCACACGCUUCAGGAAUACAUUCAAACGUAUGCGGAGGCUCUCUGUGAACACCUGCGGGUGAAGAGGACUCCCACGGGCCUUGAGCAAUACGAAUUUAUUCAGACACUCGGCCACGGCGGCUUCGGCGCUGUCUAUCUGGUGAAGCGGAAGACCGACGGACGGUAUUUUGCGCUCAAACAGGUUCCCAAACGGAAGGUGUUGAAGGCGUCGUCUCGUGAACGGCAGUUUGCGGAGCGCAACUUUCUCUCUGCCUGUAAAUGCCCGUGCAUUGUUCAACUGCAUGCAACCUUCCAAGACGAGCUUUUCUUGUACCAAGUGGUUGAGUUCCUUCAAGGCGGGAGCAUGAUGCACUACAUGCACGCCAAGCAGAAAUUCCCCGAAGACGUCGUCAAACUAUGCAUCGCCGAGCUCGUCCUUGCAGUGAAGGAAGUCCAUGACAAGAAUUACAUCCACAGAGAUAUUAAGCCGGACAACAUCGUCUUCACUCGAGAUGGUCAUCUGAAGCUCCUCGACUUUGGACUCGCGAAGUUCGCUCCUCACGUCUUCCACUUCGCCUCGUUAGCAGGCAGCCCUGCCAAUGGGAAUACGCAUAUUCGAGGCGAGGGCUACGAUCAUUCCGUAGAUUGGUGGUCUGUGGGCGUCGUGAUGUUUGAGAUGCUCUACGGAGGCAUUCCUUUCUGCCCGCCGCCCAAAUAUCGAGGAGAUGUCGCGACAUUUGUCAAAGUCCAAGUCACCAAUCACGCCCUUGUGUGCCCCCUGGUGUGCGAACCGGAAAACCGUUUCAAGAGCGCCGCGAAGAUCAUGCAGCAUCCCUGGUUUGAUGGCGUUGACUGGGGUAUGAUUCACCGCGUAAAAUCGCCCCUCUGUGAAGACACUGAACUGUACGCACAGCGCCACUUCCCCCUCAUCGACUCUCCUUUCGAGUCAGUAGACAGCGUGGACCAAAAUGGAAGCACCGGCGGUGGAAGCGAUGCAAGGGCUCAAAAUGCAAAGUCGGCUGUCGACGGCGCUGGAAACAAAGGACGCGAAAAGGGACAGGCGGUCAGCCGGCCCAAACCCGCCGGCGCUUCAGCGUCCUCAGAGCCCGACCUGCUCUUUUCUCGCUACGAGUUCAACCGGCGUGCCAUAGAGACGUUGCCGACUUUCAGCAGGGUUCUCCAGAGAAAUGCAAAGAAGCAUUUUAAUUCCAACGCCCGUGACUGUUCGGUCUCCCCGUCGCCUUCGUCGCGCUCGUCCGGGGGAGUUGGACUCGCAAACGGCGCCGGCUACGCUGGGUCCGCAGGCGUCUCGUUUUCGCCUGAUCCGAAGCGCUGUGAACUGGCGAGAGAAGAAGAACAGCUCGAGGCCGAAGAGCGAGGGCGUGCGGAGAUUAUCUUUGCCCAAGACGGACAGCAUGCGCAGCCGAAAGAACACACAAAGGGAGACGGCGAGACUCCGCCUUCACCGGACAGCGCCGAGACGGCGGUUCCGCACGCUUUCACCAGGGAACGUGAGCGCGAAAAAAACAGAGAAGCCCACAGUUUGCACGGUGUAUCUUCGGAGUCUGCAGAGAGGGACGAGGCGACACCUGGUGAAAACUCGCUGGUUCCCGACUCCCCCGACGAGCGCGAGGCAGAAUAG